AUGAGCGACAGCGCCACCACGAUCGAUCAGGCCGAAGUGGACCGGUUUUCCCGGCUGGCGGCGGAAUGGUGGAACCCGAAGGGCAAGUUCAAGCCGCUGCACAAGUUCAACCCGGUCCGCCUGACCUACAUCCGCGACACGGUGUGCGCCCAUUUCGGUCGCGAUCCGAAUGCGCCGAAACCGUUCGAGGGGCUGCGGCUGCUCGACAUCGGCUGCGGCGGCGGGCUCUUGAGCGAGCCAAUGUCACGUCUGGGGGCCGAUGUGGUCGGCGCGGACGCGUCCGAGACCAACAUCGAAGUUGCGAAAAUCCACGCCGAUCAAUCGGGAGUUGACGUCGACUAUCGCGCCACGACCUCCGAGGCGCUCGAGGCGGCCGGCGAGACGUUCGACAUCGUGCUCAACAUGGAGGUGGUCGAGCAUGUCGCCGAUGUGGACCUGUUCAUGAAGAGCUGCGCGGCGAUGGUGCGGCCCGGCGGGCUGAUGUUCGUGGCCACGAUCAAUCGCACCACCAAGGCCUGGGGGCUGGCGAUCGUUGGCGCCGAAUAUGUGCUGGGUUGGCUGCCCAGGGGCACGCACCAGUACGAAAAGCUGGUCAAGCCAUCGGAAAUCGAUGCGGCGCUUUCCGGAACAGGUGUCGAAGUGUUCGACCGCAGCGGCGUCUUCUACAAUGUGCUGGCCGACGAAUGGCGCCUGUCUCGCGACAUGGAUGUCAACUAUAUGGUCGUGGCGCGGCGCGGCGCUUGA